AGACCCAACAAAUGCCCGCGCGCCAACCCUGUAAUGCUACGAUGAAUACAUUACUCCCAUACAGCAGCAGCAGCAGCAGCAGCAGCAGCAGUAGCAGUAGCAAGCCUCUCUGCACCAUCCUAUUAUUACUUCUGCUCUCCAUCUUUUUCAUUACUGCUCGCGCGCGGGACACGAUAACUGUAGGCAGCCCGCUCGCAGAGAACGAGACGCUCGUCUCCGUGGGCGGCUACUUCGCCCUCGGCUUCUUUAACCCCCCGAACAACCCCGACCGCUACAUCGGCAUCUGGUACAACAACAUCCCACCGCAAACCGUCGUCUGGGUCGCCAACCGCCUCAAACCCGUCACCGCCUACCACUCCUUCCUCUCCCUCUCCCCCGACGGCAUCCUCACCCUCUCCUCCCCCAACUCCUCCACCCCACUCACCACCACCGCAACUACCUUAACCAACCCUGUAGCCCAACUGUUGGACACCGGUAACUUUGUCGUGCGAGAAGAAACCGACGGCAGCGAUGCUGCCGAGUGGCAGAGCUUCGACUAUCCGACGGACACGCUGAUAGCCGGGAUGAAGCUGGGCGUGGACCGGCGGCGGGGGCUGAACUGGACGCUGACAUCCUGGCGAAGCGGGUCGGACCCGGCCCCGGGCGAGUACUACCUGGCGAUGGACACGGCGGGGGACCCGGAGAUGUUCCUCUACUCUGUAGCGGGUCGGGCGCGGAUCUGGCGAUCGGGCCAGUGGGACGGUGUCGAUUUCAGCGGGCUCCCGGACAAUGUCACGUUCCGGGACCUCGUGUCCACGUUCACCAACAACGCGGACGAGGUCUCCUACAGCUUCAACAUCCUGAACCGGUCCAUCAUCACCCGGGGUGUCGUGAACCAGACCGGGGUCAUACAGCAGUCCAUGUGGAUCCAGUCGAUGCAGGUGUGGAAGAUCCUCUUUCACGUGCCGCAGGAUCCGUGCGACGAGAUGUCCCCCUGCGGGCCCUACGGGCUGUGCGAACCCAACGACUCCCCCAUGUGCAGCUGCCUGCAGGGGUUCAAGCCGCGGUCGCCGCAGAACUGGGCGCUGCUGGACGGCUCGGGCGGGUGCGUCCGCACGACGCGGCUCGACUGCGCCAACCGCACCGACGGGUUCGUCAUGGUGAGCCAAGUGAAGCUCCCGGAAGGCACGAAUUGUACGGUCGACGCGACCGCUGGGCUCGACCAGUGCGCCGCCAGGUGUUUGUCGAAUUGCUCGUGCACCGCCUACGCAGCCUCGAUUGCCAGUAGUGGGGCCCGGAGUGGGUGCGUCAUGUGGUACUCCGACCUCACCGGUAUGCGGGUCUUCCCAGGCGAGGGGCAGGAUCUGUACGUACGCUUGGCGGCGGCUGAUCUAGCUUCAGCUACAAGCCACUCUAGCAAGAGUGAUCAUGCACCCAUUGCACUCAUUGUAAGCCUUUCUGUAGUGGCAUUCCCACUAGCAUGUGCUGGUUGCUAUAUUUGGAGGAGGAAACUUAGGAAAUCAGGCACGUCAGCGAGCAAAGAGGAAAGUACUCAAGAUGGUGAUAUAGAGUUGCCAUUAUUUGAUUUGAGCGCUAUCGCUGUUGCAACGGAGGGGUUCUCUAACGCAAAUAAACUUGGACAAGGUGGCUUUGGACCAGUUUACAAGGGUAAGCUUGGCGACGGACAAGAAAUAGCUGUGAAAACGCUUGCAAAAACUUCAGCGCAAGGCUCCGAUGAGUUCAAGAAUGAGGUCAUGCUAAUAGCAAAACUUCAGCAUAGGAAUCUUGUUAGGCUACUUGGUUGCUGCAUUCAAGGAGAGGAGAGGAUGCUUAUAUAUGAAUACAUGGAAAACAAAAGCUUGGAUAGAUUUUUGUUCGAUAAAGCUUACAGCGCAUUAGUAAAUUGGCAAACGCGGUACCGGAUAAUCGAGGGGAUUGCUCGAGGGCUUGUUUACCUUCACCAAGACUCAAGAUUUAGAGUCAUUCAUAGAGAUUUAAAGGCUGGUAAUAUUCUUCUUGAUAAGGAGAUGAACCCUAAAAUCUCAGACUUUGGCAUGGCACGAAUUUUUGGCGGUGACGAGACCGAAGUCAAUACAAGAAAAGUAGUUGGUACCUAUGGAUAUAUGUCUCCAGAAUACGCAAUGGAUGGAAUUUUUUCGGUAAAAUCCGACGUAUUCAGUUUUGGGGUUUUAGUGUUAGAAAUUAUUAGUGGAAGGAGGAACAGAGGAGCAUAUGUUGAUUCCUCACACCUUAAUCUUCUUGCUCAUGCAUGGAGUUUAUGGAAUGAGGGGAAGAGUUUGGAACUAGUAGACGAAUCUAUGGAUUAUUCCUUCCUCGCUAAUGAAGUUUUGAAAUGUGUACAAAUUGGCCUUUUAUGUGUUCAAGAGCACCCCAAGGAUCGUCCCCUGAUGUCGGCGGUCGUUUCGAUGCUUGGUAGUGAUGGAGCAUCACUGCGAACUCCGAAACAACCCGGUUUUGUAAGGAGGAUGAUUCCGACUGAGACGGAGUCGUCGUCGAGCAAGCAAGAUUCUAGCAUGUUGAAUGACGUAACUAUAACCAUGAUCGAAGGUCGGUAAAAGGAACGAUUAUACAUGUAGUUUGGCUAAAUUUCGUUUCAUAAGGAAAUGUUAUAUAUUUGAGAUUUCGUUAGGAUUUAGUUAGAUUUGUAGUUUAAUCCUAGUUGAAUUAGGAUUAAUAUUUAAAUAUAAAUUAAGAUUUAAAUAUUAAUUAGAGUAAAAUCUAAUUGGACUAGAAUUUGGGUAGCUUUUAAUGUAAGCUAUAAAUAUAGUAUAGGUGCUAUUAUUCUGAUGGCGGUUAACCACACCCAUAUGGCAUGGUCAAGAUGGUCAUGAUUUUAAAUAACCUGUGUAGUUUUCGUGACCAAUACCUCGUGCAUGGAUGCAUAGGAUGAGAGAGAGGUUUUCUGGAUUUAUAGAAGACGAGAAAAGGGUGAGAGGGAUAGAAGAGGAGUUGUAAUCGUCUCUUCUCUUAUUUAGUAAAUCUUAUUUUACCAGCAUAUUUUCUAUUUGGUUUCUCUCUCUUGUGAUUGUAUUAGCUUUUACUGAUAAGACGGAUUUAUAAUAAAAAUUUGAUUUGAGGCUUCCGUUACGGAAUCCCAAUAAUUGGUACCAAAUUAACAACAGUCGGUAUCAGAGUGAAUUGCGGAUUCUCAAAAUUUGGUAUCAGAAGGAGUAUCA